AAUUGUGAUAAAACGGUGUUAUCUUUUAAAAUUUAUAAGUAAUUUUAUUCGGUAAAAUAACUGCGCAAAUAACGGUAACGUCGCGAAAUUAACGCGUGUUGCAUCCAAGUAAAAUACUCAACAAAAUUUCGGACGAUUUGAGCGCCCAAAUAUGCCUGUGGACACGCGUGAGCUAAUGGAGGCUAUUGCCAUCAUAGCCGACGAGCAGCAAGUGCGUGUCGCCGUCAAACAAUCGGCCAAAGGUGCUGCCAUUUGUGCCGCUUCUUCCUUCGCUGGCGGCAUGCUAAUGGGUCCUGUGGGUCUGGCCAUUGGUGGCGCCGCCGGUGGCAUUGCAGCCUACAAAAUGACCAGCGGCAAAUUCCGACCCUUGGGCGAGGUCAUACUCAAUGAUUUGACGGACAGGCAACGGGAGCAAUUGGUGCAGCACGUGUCCAAAGCGGUGGCCGAAAUACAUCCGAGCGAUGUGGUCAUGCUCUUGCCAUUGUUAAUGAAUAAUGCAUCCAUACAGCAGGCUGUGCUCAAAACGGUCGUUUCGUUUGUAUCCAAUGAGCUGCGGAUGCAGAUCAUUGACUGAUACUACGGUCAGCUUGGAUGCCAGCUACCCACCCAAAAGACAGGGAACAAAUGCAGCUGCACGAGUGUUUUUUAUAACAUUUAUAUAUGUUGUAUGUAUUUAGUUCAUAGGCCAUGCACAGAAACUGGAGCAGUGCACAAUUUUAGCUCUCUGAAUGUGAUUUGUAAAAAAUUAUCAAUAAAUACUGUUUACUUAA